GAAAUGACUAUGGAUGACAUGGUUUCUUCCCUCCAUGUUGAACAGAAAGCACGUGCAAAGGAUGUUCCAUUGGUUAAUGAAGAUGAUAACUCUAGAGUGAAUCUCAUUGAUACUCAUCAGAGAAGGAACAAGAAGAACCCAAAAGAAUACAGCAGUUGCUUUAAGCCAAGAGGAAAGAUCGACAAAGGCAAUAGCAAAAGAAAUAGCAAAGGUAUAAAUAGUUUCUUUGAGUGCGGCAAGCCUGGCCACUUUACUGGGAAUUGUUGUUACAAGAAAAUAAAUGAGAAGGUCCAAAAAGACAAACCUGAAGAUCAGAUCGAUGUCAAAGUCAAUAUGGUGAUUGAUGAAGCUGAGGUUGUAAGGAACAACAAGGAGGUCAUUCUGUGACUGGUCUUGAGAGCAAGUCCCAGGUGCUGGGUAGUGGUAGAGUGGAUCUGAAGCUUUCUUCAAGAAAUAUUCUGACUCUACAUAAUGUGCUCUACGUACCAGCAACAAAAGCAAAUCUAAUUAGUGAAAGUUUGUUAAUAAAGUCAAGCCAUAAGUUUGUCUUUGAAAGUAAUAAAGUUGUAAUAACUCUUAGAGG